CAGGCGAACUUUUAGUGGGUCCGCGCCCGUCGUCGCUGCUUCUAGUGUGAUUUGUGUGUAGUGGUCGACAUCACAUGAAGUACAGUAUUUAACACCACUCCCCGGGAUAUUAUCACACAAUCAGCAUGGGGGAGCACGGCCGUUCUGACUCUUAUCGUGUGGCAACUAUUCCGUCCAGUUAUGAUGACAACAAAACCGCUGAUGGUAGACCUAAGUCACGGAGGAAAAAUAAGAAGGUCAGGAAAGCGGAUGAUUUAGAUGAUUUGAAACAAGAAUUGGACAUCGAUUAUCAUAAAAUCACCCCAGAAGAAUUAUAUCAGAGAUUCCAGACACAUCCAGAAAAUGGCCUCAGUCAUGCGAAAGCGAAAGAGAAUUUGGAACGGGACGGACCCAAUGCACUCACACCCCCAAAGACUACCCCCGAAUGGGUGAAAUUUUGUAAAAAUCUCUUCGGGGGUUUCGCUCUCUUAUUGUGGAUCGGCGCCAUCCUCUGCUUCAUAGCUUAUUCUAUCCAGGCUAGCACCGUGGAGGAACCAGCCGAUGAUAAUCUUUAUCUUGGCAUCGUCUUAGCUGCCGUUGUUAUCGUUACAGGUAUAUUUUCUUAUUAUCAAGAAAGCAAGAGUUCGAAAAUUAUGGAGUCGUUCAAAAACAUGGUCCCUCAAUUCGCUACUGUGAUUCGCGAGGGUGAAAAACUGACCCUUCGUGCGGAAGACUUGGUCUUGGGCGAUGUGGUCGAGGUGAAAUUCGGUGAUCGAAUUCCAGCCGAUAUCCGAAUCAUCGAAUCUCGCGGCUUCAAAGUAGACAACUCAUCCUUGACAGGCGAAUCCGAACCGCAAUCUCGCAGUCCGGAAUUCACUCACGAGAAUCCUCUCGAAACGAAAAACUUGGCGUUCUUCUCGACCAACGCCGUCGAAGGCACUGCCAAAGGUGUUGUGAUUAGUUGUGGUGACAAUACCGUGAUGGGUCGCAUCGCUGGUCUCGCCUCCGGUUUGGAUACCGGUGAGACACCCAUCGCUAAAGAAAUCCAUCAUUUCAUUCACCUCAUUACCGGCGUGGCUGUUUUCCUCGGUGUUACCUUCUUCGUAAUCGCCUUCAUCCUCGGCUACCACUGGCUCGACGCUGUUAUUUUCCUGAUCGGUAUUAUCGUGGCGAACGUCCCCGAGGGGCUACUCGCGACCGUCACCGUGUGUCUCACUCUCACUGCUAAGAGGAUGGCUUCCAAGAACUGCCUCGUGAAGAAUCUCGAAGCGGUGGAAACUCUUGGCUCCACAAGCACGAUUUGCUCGGACAAGACUGGAACUUUGACUCAAAAUAGGAUGACAGUAGCACACAUGUGGUUCGAUAACCAAAUCAUUGAAGCCGACACCACUGAAGACCAAUCGGGAGUCCAGUAUGAUCGCACAAGUCCAGGAUUCAAAGCUUUGUCUCGUAUUGCAACACUUUGCAACCGUGCUGAAUUCAAAGGGGGCCAAGACAACGUCCCGAUUCUUAAACGUGAAGUCAAUGGAGACGCCUCAGAGGCUGCUCUUCUCAAAUGUAUGGAAUUGGCUUUGGGCGAUGUAAUGUCCAUCAGACGCAAGAACAAGAAAGUUUGCGAAAUUCCUUUCAACUCGACCAACAAAUACCAGGUUUCCAUCCACGAAAACGAGGAUGCUAGCGAUCCUCGCCAUAUCCUUGUCAUGAAGGGGGCUCCGGAACGUAUCCUAGAACGUUGCAGCACUAUCUUCAUCUGCGGUAAAGAAAAAGUCCUCGAUGAGGAAAUGAAAGAAGCUUUCAAUAACGCCUAUUUGGAAUUGGGUGGUUUGGGUGAACGUGUACUUGGCUUCUGCGAUUUUAUGUUACCCACUGACAAAUUCCCAAUUGGGUACAAAUUUAACAGCGAUGACCCCAAUUUCCCGAUAGAUGGGUUGAGAUUCGUCGGUUUGAUGUCUAUGAUUGAUCCCCCGAGAGCUGCAGUGCCUGAUGCUGUUGCUAAAUGCAGAAGUGCCGGUAUUAAGGUCAUCAUGGUGACAGGAGAUCACCCGAUUACGGCCAAGGCUAUUGCAAAAUCAGUCGGUAUUAUUUCUGAGGGUAACGAAACGGUUGAAGAUAUUGCUCAACGGUUGAAUAUUCCGGUUUCGGAAGUCAACCCGAGGGAGGCCAAGGCUGCUGUCGUUCACGGAUCUGACCUCAGAGAUUUGUCUUCAGAUCAACUCGACGAGAUUUUGAGAUACCACACUGAAAUCGUAUUUGCUAGGACUUCGCCGCAACAGAAGUUGAUCAUUGUGGAAGGGUGUCAACGGAUGGGGGCUAUUGUCGCCGUGACUGGUGAUGGUGUGAAUGACUCCCCGGCGUUGAAGAAGGCCGACAUCGGUGUCGCUAUGGGUAUAGCCGGUUCGGACGUGUCCAAACAAGCCGCUGACAUGAUUCUGCUUGACGACAACUUUGCAUCGAUCGUAACAGGAGUCGAGGAAGGCCGUCUGAUUUUCGAUAACUUGAAGAAAUCUAUCGCCUAUACUUUGACCUCAAACAUUCCCGAAAUUUCACCUUUCCUUGCUUUCAUUUUGUGCGACAUUCCUUUGCCUCUCGGUACCGUAACAAUUCUGUGCAUCGAUCUUGGAACUGACAUGGUCCCCGCCAUAUCCCUGGCAUACGAGGAGGCAGAGUCUGAUAUAAUGAAGCGCCGUCCUAGAAACCCUUUCAGUGAUAAACUCGUCAACGAAAGGUUGAUUUCGAUGGCAUACGGCCAGAUUGGUAUGAUUCAAGCAGCUGCUGGUUUCUUCGUGUACUUUGUCAUCAUGGCUGAGAACGGCUUCCGACCGACUGACUUGUUCGGUAUUAGAAAACAAUGGGAUUCGAAAGCUGUCAAUGAUCUCACCGAUUCCUACGGUCAGGAAUGGACGUAUCGGGAUAGGAAAACAUUGGAAUACACAUGCCACACUGCUUUCUUCGUGUCCAUCGUGGUGGUCCAAUGGGCCGAUUUGAUCAUUUGUAAGACUCGUCGUAAUUCAAUCGUCCAUCAGGGAAUGCGUAAUUGGGCGCUCAACUUUGGAUUGAUUUUCGAAACUGCACUCGCAGCCUUCCUUUCUUACACUCCCGGAAUGGAUAAAGGUCUACGCAUGUUCCCGCUUAAGUUUGUGUGGUGGUUGCCUGCAAUUCCGUUUAUGUUGUCCAUCUUUAUUUACGACGAAACCCGUCGAUUUUAUUUGCGUCGCAAUCCAGGAGGCUGGCUGGAACAGGAGACCUACUACUAAGCGCAUCACACCGUUUUGCGUACUGCCACCAGGUAGCACUGCGUCUGCUGCCGCAGGUCACAAAUAACAACAAACAAAACAAAACAAAAAUUCACACACUCAUCUGUCGAUUGGAAGGACUCCGUUUCACUCGUCGUGACGGCGUUGUUCCGUAUCGGUCGUUGUGUACAAAAUCCUGUUGCUAUUUCUAGUAAAUUUGCUGCAUGCUUACGCUGCAGUCCGUACAUUUGUAAUUCGAGAGUUUGGUAGUGUGCGAGAAUCGAGUGAAUGGAUGAUGAGAGAGCGAGGAUGAUUGCAAGCGGGGCCAGUUGGGUUGGUUGGUCUGCAAGAGCAGCAGUAGAGACGCAAUAGUGUUUUCAUACAUUCCAAGUUGAAAACAGUUGCCUUAGAGCCGAUGUCGGACUGUGUGCGAGUGGGUGGGGGCGGAGCCUUGACGGACGGCGGUUGGUUGUUGCGCGGCCUUCGGGGCUCCGCCACUGAACGUCUUGAACGAGGUAGUAUUAUUUAGGCUUUCAACACUUAGGUUAGCUAGAUUGUAACUGUGUUGUUAUAUCGUGUUAAGUGUCAUACCAGUCGUGCUCAAUACACAUGACUACCAACUACUAUCACGAUUGUAAACGUUUGACAUUCGUUUCGUUUGUUGUGUAUAUAGUUUACGUAACGGGCGGGUAGCAGUUACACUGUGUAGGCAGCACGAGUCCAUAAUAUUGUUUCUAACAUCGUUACGUUACGUGCGGUUAGUUGUUCAUCGUUGGAGACACACUUCUGGAGGUCUGCUUCUGUAGAGCCCUAUUUUCUUAUACUCUCUGAUGCGCGCUGCGUUGGUCUGAGACCAGCCGACCACGGUAUUGUUAUCUUAUUAUUGUAAAUAUUUUUAAGUGAUCACUUAAUUAUUUUUGCUUGUGUUCUUUUCACAUUCAUGUUUUAGUAAGUAACGAAGCUGUAUAAAUUUGGGUUUUAAUAAAAUGGAUGAUAGUAUUACAUUACAAA